GUCUGUGGAUGACUCCUCAGCUGAUUGAUAACAGCAGUGUAUGUUGUCACUCAUGUUGGACCGUGGCCACGGUGUGGCUCUGCACCAAUCAAGGACAAAUAAUAUUUCAAAUGAAGAAGCAACCACUAGCACUGGUCACAGUUAACGUGGAUUAUCUUUGUUACAAAUACGUUCCAUAGACUGUGUCAUGUAUUAAUCUGUGGAACUUUUUACUUUUAAAUGUCAAUGUCAAUUCACAUGUUUGUUUUGAGGUUAGGCCACUUGAUUUCCGGCUACCUAGCCAAAUAUACAGCUCUCACAAUAGUCACCGUGUUAUCAUUAUUUUCGGACAUAAUAGUGGCGACGUAUGGUUAAAACAGUGAACAAUGGAUACAAAAGCAGUGAAAUUCGAUGUGUUCAACCCUCAGACUGACAAUUGGGACAUUUACUUAGAUCGGUUAAAGUUUUGUUUCGAGGCUAAUGGCGUCAUAUUGGACGCGGCAAAAAGGGCUAAUUUUGUGACAGUGUGUGGUGCGCGUGUGUAUGAGACAUUACUUGCGUUAAUAACACCGAGGAAAGUUUCUGAUUUGCCUUUCAGUGAGAUAGUGACUGUUCUUACAAGACAUUAUAGUCCAAAACCGAAUGAGAUUUCGGUGUCGUUUAAAUUCUACAAACGUGAUCAAGGACGUGGUGAAUUAGCGUCAGACUAUAUCGCACAAUUAAGAAAAUUAAGUUCGGGGUGCAAUUUUAAUGACUUAGAACGAAUGUUACGCGACAGACUUGUGUGCGGUAUGAGUGAUAGCAAAUUACAGUACGAACUGUUAAAACGUGACAAUUUGAGUUAUCAACACGUAGUGGACGCCAUGUUAUCAUCGGAAAGUGCCGGACGGGACGUGCGCAUGAUUCAAGACGCUGCGAAUGCGGCGUCGAUGCCCACCACAACAGCGGCGUCCUACUUUGAGCAGCCCGUAGCGGAGCCGAUGGACGUAAACGCGGUUCAAACGAAAACAACUCGUCUAUGCUAUCGUUGCGGUGAUCGUCACCCUGGAGAGUGCCGUUUUAUCAAUGCAAUUUGCCGGUUUUGCAAGAAAAAAGGACAUCUAGAAAAAAUCUGUUUAAGCAAAAAGAAGAACAGUCGCGAUGUAAACUUCACUAGUGAACCGAGUGAUCGUUUGAACGGCAUCUACUGUGUGCAAAGUACUAGUCGCACACCGCCAUACGAGGUUGACGUAUUACUGGCGGGUGUCCCAGUCCGCAUGCAGGUGGACACGGGCGCCAGUUUCUCCAUCAUCAACGAGUACACCUGGAACGUGUUGCGCUCACGACUUGCGCGCGACGCACUACGCCCCGCAUCACUCACUUUACGCACUUGGACGGAGACACCGGUUCAAUUGCUGGGACAAGUCACUUUGUCAGUUUGCUAUAAAAACAAGGAGCAGAAUCUAUGUAUUAUAGUAGCUAAAGGAAAAGGACCUAACCUUCUGGGUCGUGACUGGUUGACGCCGCUUCACAUAUCAUUAAAUAUCAACUUUGUUUGCGACAACAAAUUGAUAGACAAGAUUAUAUCAAAACACCAAGAAGUUUUUCAAGAUGGAUUAGGUACAUAUCGUGGUAAUCCAGUCAAGAUACAUCUGAAACAAGGAAUGACACCUAAAUUUCUGAAAGCUCGGCCGGUACCUUUUGCAAUAAAAGACAGAGUAGAACGUGAAAUAGACAGACUGGUCAAAGAAGGAGUAUUAAGACCAACAUCUUUCUCCGACUGGGCUACACCAGUAGUGCCAAUAGUUAAGAAAACAGGAGAGAUUAGAUUAUGUGGAGACUAUCGCAGUACUGUAAACGCAGCUACCGAAUCAGACACUUUCCCCAUGCCCACAUCUAAUGAGGUAUUUGCAACCAUAGCCGGAGGGAAAUGUUUUACAACUCUAGAUUUAGACAGAGCGUACACACAGGUGGUAGUGGAUGAAGAAACGUCAAAACUUCUCACACUCAAUACAUGCAAAGGACUUUACACAGUACAUCGCUUAGCUUUUGGAGUUAAAGCAUGUCCGGGAAUUUUCCAACGCCUUAUGACAUCCUUGUUGGCAGGCAUCCCUGGAGUUGCAGUCCUGAUUGAUGACAUAAUUGUCUCUGGUUGCUCAAGUAUGGAAAUGGAGGCCAGACUGGACACAGUUUUAGACCGAAUUAAACGGGCAGGACUACGACUUAACAAGACCAAAUGCAAAUUUGCCAGAGACAGUGUAGAGUUUCUAGGCUUUAGAAUAGACUCAGAAGGCAUUCACCCUGCACCAAGUAAGGUGGACUCCAUAAUUAACACACCGGAGCCUAAAAAUAAGCAAGAGCUUCAAGCAUUUCUCGGAUUAUAUAACUUUUAUGAAAGGUUCAUUCCACACAAGGCCACAGUGCUUGAACCAUUACAUCGGUUAUUAGACAAAGCACGUACCUGGAAAUGGACUGAAUUGGAACAAAAUGCCUUUGACACAGCAAAGCACUUACUGACUUUUGAUCUGACACUUAGCCAUUACGAUGUGAACAAACCGCUGAUCCUUACCUGUGACAGUUCAGAGUACGGUGUGGGAGCGGUACUGUCUCAUGAAGACGAGAACCAUAAUGAGUGUCCAGUAGCCAUGGCUUCAAGAACUCUGCAUUCUCACGAACGACGCUACUCACAACUUGAUAAAGAAGCAGCGGCAAUUAUGUUUGGAAUAACAAAGUUCCAUAAUUACUUGAUGGGACGACAUUUUCGGAUUGUGACUGAUCACAAGCCGUUAUUGGGAAUAUUCAACCCCAAGAAACCAAUGACUAGUAUGCUUUCACCCCGUUUGACAAGAAUUGCCAUAGCCUUGACUUCACAUAGCUAUGAAAUAACAUACAGACCUGGGCCGCAGAUCGGAAGUGCUGACAGUUUGAGUAGAUGGCCUCAACCGGUACCAGAUCAACUUGAAGAACCACUCUACGAAAUUUUACUGAUGGCUGAAAAACCUGAGGAUUUCCCUUAUGAUGUGUCACACAUAGCUUCCGAGACGAAAGGCGACCGCAUCCUAUCUAGAGUCAUGCAUUACAUCCAAUGCGGUUGGCCAGCUAAAAUAACCGAUCCUGAGUUAAGGCCUUUCUGGUUACAACGUGCAGAACUUUCAAUACAAAAUGAUUGCAUACUACUGGGCUGCAGAGUUGUAGUGCCGAGGUCCCUUCGUCCAACAAUCCUACGUGUUUUACAUAAAACACAUACUGGAAUUGUUCAAACCAAGACUUUGGCUAGAAGCUACGUUUGGUGGCCACGCCUUAACGAAGACAUCGAAGUGCUAGUGAGCGGAUGCUCAAAAUGCCUGGAACACAGACAUAUGCCACCUAAGACCAGCCAUGAAUGGAUUACACCAACCAGACCGUGGUCGAGAAUCCACGUUGAUUUUGCAGGCCCAUUUUACAAUAAAAACUUUUUGAUAAUGGUUGAUUCAUACUCUCGUUGGCCCGAAGUGUUUGUAGUAAAUAACAUAACCUCCGCUACAGUGAUAAAAUUUUUAAGAAACACUUUUGCCAUACACGGAUUGUGCGACGUACUAGUGUCGGAUAAUGGUACAUCUUUUGUAUCAGAUGAAUUGAAGAGAUUCCUACAAGCUAAUAACAUCCGGCAUGUCACCACGGCCCCCUAUCACCCGGCCACAAACGGGAUAGCGGAGAGGAUGGUACAGACAGUGAAAGACAAACUAAGAAAGAUGGAUGAUUCAUCAUGGGACAUCAAAAUACCAAACUUGUUGCUAGGCCUGCGGGUUACUCCAUGUACUACAACACACAAAAGUCCUGCAGAACUGCUAAUGGGAAGACGUUUACGAACGUUACUGGAUACUGUACAUCCUGAGAAUAUUCAACAUAAGAGAAUUGAGCAACAAAUUGAAGAAAACAAUCAAAGACAAGGAAGAGAAUCGAAUGUUGGACAAUCAGUGAUGUACAGAAACUACAGCAACCAUGGCCCUAGAUGGUUACGGGGCACAGUUACUUAUAAGAACGGACCCUCCAGCUACCAAAUAGAGACGAAUGGUGGCGGAGUAGUAAAUCGUCAUAUUGAUCAAAUAAUCAAAACAACAGCAGCAGAGGAGAUAACUACCAGAGUAACAAAUGAUACAGAUGCAGUCGUAGAAGAAACGCCGGAAUUGAUUACUGACGAUAUCAUAGAGAUACCAGAUGCAGACAAGUGGGCUGACAUCUUGGGCAUUCCAAGCCAAGCUACUACAACACCGGCUCUGGGAAAGAUAAAAAAUAAACCAAAUUUGCAUUCUAGAAGCCCCUAUGACAGACCUGAUGCCUCCGCAUCAGCAGAUGAUAACCUUUACAUAAAUUUCCUAACUUAAUUACUGUUAUUUAAAUACAUAGUGUUUCAUGGGGAUAAUUUAUUAGUUUGGUAAUGUUGAUAUUCACUUAGGGGGGAGAUAUGUCAUGUAUUAAUCUGUGGAACUUUUUACUUUUAAAUGUCAAUGUCAAUUCACAUGUUUGUUUUGAGGUUAGGCCACUUGAUUUCCGGCUACCUAGCCAAAUAUACAGCUCUCACAAUA